AUGGUUUUGCGAAGAUGUUCGAUAUGCGAUCGAAAUUUCACCAAGGCCGAGCAUUAUUUGCGGCAUCAGAGAUCUCAUACGAAGGAGCGACCUUAUGAGUGUGUGACAUGUAAAAAGCGCUUCUCGCGGAGUGAUGUGCUCUUCCGACACAGCAAAUUACACAAUCAACAAACGUCCGAUGAUCGUGGAGAUUCAGCGAACUCGAUGGCCGGGAUCGCUAGAGCGUCACCCUCAAAUGGAUCUAUGGUUCCAAUUCUAGAGGAAGGCAUGAAUCAGCACACCUCAUUCAGCCGUCCGGAGGGGCAAAGUUUCGUUCAACAGCAGUCCUACAGUGAUGCAAACAUGGCACACUCUCGUCACAUGUCUAUGCCGGACAUACCUCUCUUACAUCCUCAGUAUAACAUGAGCCCACAACAACAUGGUCAUAUACCUCAACUCACUCCAUCGCAAAACUAUGCUGGAACCGAAUUUACCCCAGUACAAGAAUUUACAUCAAACGUAGCAACACCCGCUAUGGCAUCUCAUACAUACGACCCACAGCUAGUGCCCAUGGAUCAUGCUCACAUGGACGGUUUAAUGUCUGGGUCGUUCGGAGUGGGAGGCCUACCUAUCAAUUCUCCAGGUCAAUCUCAAGACAUGUUACAAUUCUGGCUGGCACAAGCAGAUAAUGAUCUGGGAUAUGGUGCUAUGACUCUGCCUGAUAUAACCAGCACCCCCUACACAUCUGAUAACAAAUACGAGCCAGCGCCUCCACCUAUGCACAGAGCUGCGACGUCGGAGACCAGCGACACCGCAUCAACAGGAAACAUACCAAAUGAGCGAUUUGCACGAGUUGAAAAUUGUUGGCUAGCCAAAAACAAUGGUACUCAUCAUCUGGUUCCAUCAAUCUGGUCCGACAUUGUGCGCAGCUCGGGGCCGAACUUGUUUUCGGUUGGUGCGCCACAGACUCGAGAGAAGUCAGAAAGUCGCUGGGGUGUGGACUCGGCAUUGCGCUCUCGAUUAGAGGCUGAAUUUGGUGCACAUGUACUGCACUCCGGAGAUUCUUCAACAAAGCGACCUGGAAACUUUCCUCCUGCAGAGGUCUUGGAGAUAUGCCUGGAUCAUUACUUCCGCCGUUUCCAUCCAAUCGCUCCUUUCAUUCAUGUUCCGUCUUUUGAUGCGUCCAAUACCCCACUUCCUUUACUUUAUGCCAUGUGUAUGCUCGGGCUCAGUGCAUUGGAAUCUAGCAAUGGCGGCAACUUCAUUUCGAAUGCUUUUACAAACUUAUUACGAAAAGUACAUAAUGAUUUAGCACUUAACGCAAUCACUCCCUCAGCUCCCCAUGCGCGUUUGGCCAUAUUCGCAGCUGGCUUCUUGACAUUGUGUCUAGCUGCUCUCUCAGGAGACAAAGACCGUUUGGCGCAGUCGCAAACUCUUUACGCGACCUUGAUAGCCACAGCACAGAAGCAGGGGCUAUUUUGCCUCGAUGAUGUCGACGUUGGAGAGAUGAUCAUUAACAUUGGUGAUGAAAGUGCGCGAUGGCUGACAUGGGCUCGCAUCGAGAGUGCCAAAAGGCUUAUCGCAGCAUUGCUAACCACCGACUGGUGGUUCUCCGCAAAUUCUUCUGUCAGUCCGGCGAUACGUCCAGAGACACUUCAGAUAUGCCUUCCAUGCGAUGACAUUCUGUUCCGUGCAGAGUCCGCGCAGCGGUGGAUUCAGCUGCAACAGAUGGGAAAGAGAAUAUCCAUGCCGAUGAUCAAGCCUAGGACUUUCAAUCUCGAAGGAGCAUUGGACCCCGUUAUAUUACUCGACCCUUCUUUGGACGCUCCCGGCCAGUACACUCUACUUUCAGCCAUCAAGCUAUGCGUAUGUGAUGCUCAACACCGACACUUCCUGCCUACGGAUGAAUGGGACAGACAUGACCAUCUUAUACCAUGGGAGACAUAUCAAGACGAUCUAAGAGCACGAUCUCUGGUGCAGACAACACUAGCGCUUGCACCUGUGAUCACAGGCUCGGCAAAGACCGCGGACCUCAAUUCUCUCCUUUUAUGGCACAAUUUGUGCUUGACCUUGAAUUCCAACAUGCAGAUUUUUGAGCUCGCAGCAGGUCGAGCAGGUGCUGGUCCAGCCGGCAAAGCUCUUGCAGAUGUGGAAGACUGGGCUCGCACGUCCUCCGCGCGUCGUGCUUGUGUACAUGCUGCACAGUCUUUUAAACUGCUCAGUAAUCGCAAGGUUUCGGAAAGCAUUACGCUCAACUCGAUGUCAGCUCUAUUCUGCUCUGCUCUUAUCCUUGGCUUGUAUCUCUUCACCGUACCCGAGAACGAAGCUGACAGCACACGUCUACCGUACGAGUUGAUGGAUGAUGUCGACUGGACUGUCGUCGGAAACGCAGGCAUGGUGGAAAGUUCCCCUGGAAACAGCCCAGAUUUGAUGUUCGAGUCUUCUCAUGCUUCUAACGUGACUCGCACCUUUAUUGAAGCUGGUGGCCCAGUUUCGAUAAAUGGCGUUGUGGCUACCAGUGGGUUUCAAACUGCGAGACGUACGCUAUUGGACUUUGCACAUUUGAUGGAUGGAAUUGGAACGUGGAAGCCACGGACGUUGUCACGGAUCUUGCAUAUCAUGUCUGAUGUGUUGGAAGAAUCCCUCUGA